AUGUCUUUUAAUCUGAUGAUAGACGACUGCGGUCUAGUUGAUUUUCCAACUCAUGGCAACAAAUUAUCAUGGCGGGGAAAGAGAUGGGGAAAAAUUGUACGGUGCCGUUUAGAUAGGGCUUUGGCCACAGAGGAUUGGCAUGACCUCUUUCCCAAGUCACAUGUGGAAUAUCUAAAAAUGGUAGGAUCGGAUCACCGACCGAUCCUGGCAACCAUAGAUAAUAAGAUCCCUAAAGCGCGGCGGCAAUUCCGAUUUGAUAAACGAUGGAUUGGACAAGAUGGAUUUUCGGAGGCAAUUAAACGAGGUUGGUUGGAGAAUCAAACAAAUGCGGAAUCAAAUGUAGUGGAUAUGAUCCGUAAAUGCCGUCAUGAAAUUUCUCGAUGGCGGCACGAAAAUAAACCAUAUGGAAAGGAAAAAAUAGCGGAACUACAGAAAGCUCUUGAAGAAAUUCAAAAUGAUGAUCUUCGAACCCAGGAAGAUCUGGAUGAAAUCACACAAAAAUUGAAGGAAGCUUACCGAGAUGAGGAACAAUACUGGAAGCAAAAAAGCCGUAAUCUCUGGCUUAAGGAUGGGGAUUUAAAUACAAAAUUUUAUCAUGCAACCACGAAACAGAGAAGAGCGAUAAACAGGAUGGUCGGUUUACAUGAUAAGACGGAUAACUGGGUUACCGGGGAAAAAGAGAUGGAAAAGGUGGCGGUUGAUUAUUUCUCGGAUUUAUUUACGACUACUUCCCCAGAUGAUUUCACGGACAUACUUGAAGGUAUUCCAGCGGUGAUCACGGAAACCGAUAAUGCACUGCUAAUGCGCCCAGUCGGAAGAGGAAGUGCGGGCGGCUCUGUUUCUGAUGAACCCGGAGAAAGCUCCCGGACCGGACGGGAUGACGGCCUUAUUUUUUCAAAAAUCAUGGCCGUUAAUAAAAACGGAUAUUUUGGGGCUUAUUAA